UAAUCUUAUAAUAACUGCAUCAUGGGAAAGCAAAAAGACAUUUUGCAGAAACUGGCAGAGACCUUCCAGAUCCGACAUGUGCUCCUCCGCCAGGCCCUGGCAGAAUGCCUGGGAACCCUCAUUCUGGUGAUGUUUGGUUGUGGUGCAGUCGCACAGCUGGUGCUAAGCGGAGGCUCCCAUGGCACGUUCCUCACUGUCAACUUUGCUUUUGGUUUUGCUGCGACUUUGGGCAUCCUUGUGAGUGGGCAGGUCUCAGGUGGUCAUCUGAACCCUGCAGUGACCUUCACGCUGUGUUUACUUGGGAGAGAGCCUUGGAGGAAAUUCCUGUUGUUCUUUGUCUUCCAGACUCUUGGAGCCUUUCUGGGUGCAGCAAUUGUUUUCGGCAUGUAUUUUGAUGCGCUGUGGGACUUUAACCAGGGGGAGCUGAUUGUGGUGGGGAAGAACGCCACUGCUGGAAUUUUUGCCACAUACCCAUCGAAACAUCUCUCACUAGUUAAUGGAUUCUUCGAUCAGAUUAUUGGAACAGCUGCACUGAUCGUGUGCAUCCUGGCCAUAGCUGACCCACACAACAACGCAGUCCCGAGAGGUCUGGAGCCGUUCACUGUAGGCUUUGUGGUGUUGGUCAUUGGCCUGUCCAUGGGCUUCAACUCUGGCUAUGCCGUCAACCCAGCCAGAGACCUGGGACCGCGCAUCUUCAGCGCUCUUGCAGGCUGGGGUAGAGAGGUUUUCACAGCAAACACCUACUGGUUUUUUGUGCCCAUCUGUGCCCCCUUUUUGGGUGCAGUGGUGGGUGUGCUGAUGUACCAGCUAAUGAUUGGAUAUCAUUUAGAAAGAGAGGUGAAAGAGAAGCAGAAGAAGAAGGAGGAGGAGGAGGAGGAGAAAAAGUUCAAACUUUCCAAUGUUACAACGAACAUGGAUGAAUAAGCACCGCUCAAUCUCUUUAUGUCGCGCUGAAUAAAAUUCUUGCCUAGCAAUUUUUUGCUGUUUAGGAAGCCCCCUUCUUCCUUUUCACAUAUCACUCUAACUAAUAUCACUUUUUGGAUAACAGAUAAGCCGUCAAGCCAUAAUAAUGAAAACAUCUAUUCUUAUGACAUCUCACAAUAGAAGAGAACAGUUUCUCAGGCAAAUACGGCACAUGUUUUCCGAAUUCAUUUCACAUAACACAGCCAGUGAGUGCUUUCAUUUGUGGUUGAAGCACAAAACAGUUUCUUUCAUGCUGUGUUUCUGA